ACAGCUCAUCAUCAUGUCGCAGAAGGCCGAUAUCGUGUGGACCGGCAUUCUCGGCGGGGUCUUAUCUCUUGGAUAUAUACAAUGGCGACAGCACUUCUUGAGUGAAAACCUGGACAAGAAGAGCUACUUCGACGAGUUUGGCAAUAAAAUUGAGUUCGAGGAUGAACAGGAUGCUGUCGAGCCCACGGUAUCAAACCCCAUGAAGCGGGCGGUCGCAGGCCUUAAGGCUGUCUAUACUCCACAUAUUCUAGACUUGGCAGCGCUCGUCUCAGCAGUGUGGGGUUAUCGAGCAUUCAAGAAUAUGAAUAAGUUACUUGAAAGACGGUAUGCCGAUAUUACGUAUCAAAUCAGACGCCCCGACGUCCUCCUCAACCGCAUCGUCUCACUGAAGUAUCUUGUCUACGGUGGAGUUCUAAUACCAGUUUUAGCGGGCGGCUCACUGGCCCUUGCCCAGUGGCUCACUCUACCUGUUGAGGAACGUGGCAAGACCUGGACAUCACGAGUUCAAGGCACAGUGGUUGGCGACUAUCUCACCGCCGCUCAGCGGACGAUUGGACAGAGCAUUGUAGGACAGAAGACAAUACGAGCCAGCUCCGACUUCCAAGACUUUGCCCACCGAAUGAGAGACUUAGGGGAUAUCCGCAGUGGUUUAGGCCCGUGGAAGCUGUGAUCGUUUACCCAACACUGUGUGCAAUAUUGAACGUGAAUUACUAUUUGUCCACAUUUUCCUCGUUUCUGUCCA